GGGGAUGCGAAGAGCCAAUUCCAAGCCCUGGAAGGCGCCGUAGAUGUGGUGUGCGGGGAAAGGUGCCGUCCACGAAUAAGCGACCGCCGAUGAUACUCAAGGUGCACCUCGGCUCGGCUCGAGGAACGCCAGCGAUGAUGACGGCGAUAUCGCUGUACCACUGCCCCGGUCGUCGGAUGUGUCAAGCUCACAUCGCACUACAAAACCGGACCCGAGAAACCAAAUCACGCCAAGGACUCUGAUCAGUCCUUCACAACACUGCACUACGCCAGUAGCAGCAAGGAAACAGAAGACAUGUCGAACAUGAAUACAACACAGCACGAACGAGAGCCAGCGCCGUCUUAUCGCCAAUCAUUCGACACUCUGGCGCACAUCCCCGCAGACCCAAACUCGUCGGAAUUCAGGGCCAGCCGGAUUGACAAUUUCUGGAUCAAGGUCUUCCCACCCACGCCAAAAUGUUACAUUUGUCAAGACAAACCGGAAGCCGCGAAUCUACUCUCAAGGCCGGGAUGCGACCACAAGAUUUGUGGCAAAUGCCUGAUCAAGAUAUUUGAGCGAGCCGUCAACGACAAGAAAUGCAUGCCGCCGAGCUUCUGCUCUCAUGGUGAGGUGUCGCCCGACAUGGCGCCGGGCUUGUUCGACGACGUGUUCUUGGCGCAAUGGAACGAGAAGUACUUUGAGUAUUUGGAGCAGACUGUGUCAACAUGACAGCCCAUUUGGUGCUUCCACGAUGGACAAUCUGGACAGACCGAAAAGAUACAAGAUUUCUGAAAACUAGCAGGGUGGGCGACCCGAUCCGGAUUCUUGAAGGGAUCGUCAGCACGUUGGCGAUAAAUCAGCAAAUAAACAGAUGUGUCCGACACGGGCGAAAUUACCGGCAUUGAACGAGCUAUGAUGUUAACAGCAUCUAACUCCAAGGACCCCUGGUUCAGGACCUCCGAAUAGAGCAUACAGCCUCCAGGCACC